GCUCUGUGGGGCGGGCUGGGCAGAGCUUGGCUCCCAGCGGCGGGGCGUCUAUCGGUUCGGGUGCUGAGAAUGUUUUCGAUUUGCUCGCCUUUCUCCUGCUGAAGACUCGAGUUCGGCCGCCAAAUUUGGGAGAUUUGAAACGCGAGGCCGGGUUCUUCCCUGUUUUCCGGUUCUGCCUUCGGGAAAGCGUGGAAGGGCGUAGCCAGGUGACCGGCCCCUUCCGCCUCUGCACGGUCACGGGCUCCCGCCUUGCGCUGCUGUGUGGAAUCGUUCUCCCGAAACAUCUGGCCGCAGCUUUGUUAAUAGAAGUGGAAAACGGGGCACUGAGAGGGGCUGGAAGGACUUUCCCCAACCCGCUCCCCCAAGGGCCCCAAAGACCUUUCGGAUUUAUCUAGUUUCCAGACACGUGUACUUGAAUGUUCAGCAGAGAAGGGCUUAAAUAUUGGAAAAGAGAGUGAGAACUCCUAGCAUUUUUAAAGGAUUUGUGUGUUUUUCCAAAACUGACUUUUGACCACCAUCCAAAACCGGCAGAGUGGGAUUCGUGAGCGCCUCUCGCCACCCUGCGGCUCUAACAUGUUCUUCUGUUGGCUAAAUCGGCUCUACCGGGGUUUAUCCAGCCCCACCGGAAGGACCACCCAGCUGAUCUGGGGUUCUCUCUCCAGAAGUCUGGUGCUGAGUUCACGGAGGAGAAUUCCAGAAUUCAGUAGCUUUGUUGCCCGGACCAACACGUGUGGAGAGUUGCGUUCUUCUCACUUAGGCCAAGAAGUCACCUUGUGUGGAUGGAUUCAAUACCGAAGGCAAAACACCUUCCUGGUCCUCAGAGAUUUCCACGGGCUUAUUCAACUUGUCAUUCCCCAGGAUGAGUCGGCUGCUUCUGUGAAGAAGAUUUUAUGUGAAGCCCCUGUGGAAUCUGUGGUGCGGGUGUCUGGGACAGUCAUUUCCCGACCUCCAGGACAAGAGAAUCCAAAAAUGCCAACAGGUGAGAUUGAAAUCAAAGUUAAAACAGCCGAACUUCUGAAUUCCUGCAAGAAGCUGCCUUUUGAAAUUAAGGACUUUGUGAAGAAAACAGAGGCUCUUCGUUUGCAGUAUCGCUACUUAGACUUGCGUAGCUUCCAAAUGCAGUAUAACCUGCGGCUGAGGUCCCAGAUGGUCAUGAAAAUGCGGGAAUAUCUCUGUAAUCUACAUGGGUUUGUGGAUAUAGAAACACCAACAUUAUUUAAGAAGACUCCAGGGGGUGCAAAAGAGUUUGUAGUACCAUCCAGGGAACCUGGGAAGUUUUAUUCUCUCCCUCAGAGUCCUCAGCAGUUUAAGCAGCUUCUGAUGGUUGGUGGUUUAGACAGAUAUUUUCAGGUUGCCCGAUGUUAUCGAGAUGAAGGGUCGAGACCAGACAGACAGCCUGAGUUUACUCAGAUUGACAUAGAGAUGUCUUUUGUAGACCAGACUGGGAUCCAGAGUCUGAUUGAGGGUUUGCUCCAGUAUUCCUGGCCCAGGGACAAAGAUCCUGUGGUGGUUCCUUUUCCUUCUAUGACUUUUGCUGAGGCGUUGGCCACCUAUGGAACUGAUAAACCCGACACUCGCUUUGGGAUGAAGAUUGUAGAUAUCAGUGAUGUGUUCAGAAACACAGAGGUUAGAUUUCUUCAGGAUGUGCUCAGUAAACCCAAAGGAACCGUCAAAGCCAUACGUAUCCCUGAAGGAGCAAAAUACUUGAAAAGGAAAGACAUUGAGUCCAUUAGAAAAGUUGCAGCUGACCAUUUUAAUCAGGAGGUCUUACCUGUAUUCCUGAAAGCCAGUAGACACUGGAAUUCUCCAGUUGCUGAGUUCAUAUUGGAAAAGCAAAGCUUGGAACUAAUCAGACUAAUGGAGCUCCAAGAGGAAGAUGUCAUCCUGCUGACUGCCGGAGAACACAGGAAAGCAUGCUCUUUGUUGGGAAAAUUACGAUUGGAAUGUGCUGACCUUCUAGAAGCAAGAGGAGUGGUGCUCCGUGACCCAGCUCUGUUCUCUUUCCUUUGGGUGGUGGAUUUCCCACUCUUCCUUCCCAAGGAGGAAAAUCCUGGAGAGCUGGAGUCAGCCCACCAUCCAUUUACUGCUCCCCACCCGAGUGACAUCCAGCUUCUAUACACUGAACCCGAAAAGGUCCGUAGUCAACACUAUGACUUGGUUUUAAACGGCAGUGAGAUAGGAGGUGGUUCUAUCCGAAUUCACGAUGCAGAGCUACAGCGUUACAUCCUGGCAACGUUACUAAAGGAAGAUGUGAAAUUGCUUUCCCAUCUGCUCCAGGCUUUAGAUUAUGGGGCUCCCCCUCACGGAGGAAUUGCCUUAGGGUUAGACAGACUGAUAUGUCUUGUCACCGGAGCACCAAGCAUCAGAGAUGUCAUAGCCUUCCCGAAAUCCUUCCGGGGGUACGACCUCAUGAGCAAUGCCCCAGAUUCUAUCCCUCCUGAGGAACUGAAGCCCUAUCAUAUCCAGGUCUCCUGGCCAGUGGACUCAGAAGCAGAAAAGAGCUCAUUGGAUCAUCCACACCAUCCAGAAAGUUGAGCUUUAGAGUUUUGUUCUCUUUGUUUCCCCAAGGCUAAAAUCUGAUCCUGAGUUCUGCCACAGAUCUGACAAUCAGGCCUUUAGGAGGAAGGAAUCCAGGCAACAUUCUUCACCACAAUGAAGAAACAGAUAGAAGGUAUCCAAUUUUGAGUUGAUAACAUGCAUUAUUAGGAUUUUUUUGUUUGGGACUCUUUUGAAGUUUCUUUUUACUUGGAGAAGUGUGAAAGAUGGCUCUUUGUUGGAGUAAUAUAAUGGCUUAGUGUUUUCUAAUCAUGUUUUUCAUACCCAGACAGUAGAUUAUUCGCCUCGGACAGAGGUAAUCAAAUCAUGUGUGAAAUAUGGGAAAAUGCUUGCCUAAUUAGGUUGGUCAGUUGAUGGAGGGGUCAGUUCAACCAGCCUCAUCAAGAGAAUCCUACAAAUUAAGCUACAUAGUGACAUUUCAAUUAUCAACAUGAUACAGUGAGAAGAAACAUGAUAUAAUGCAAAAAAAAUCACUGAAGUGAAAGUCACAUAAUCUUAGUCAGUGUUUCACCUUGAGCAAGUUACACAGACCUCUCCUAGCCUCCCUUCCCACCAGUGUGAAAUCGAACAGUGCUUGCCCUGCCUGCCCCACAGAGCUCUUGUUGCCAGAAUCAGAGGAGAUGAUGUAUGUGGAAGAUAGUGUGAGUGAAAAUGCUUUGAAAACCUAUAAAGCAUUCCACAAAUGUAAGAUAAUGAUAUUGUCCAUCUGUAAACAGAUACAGAUAUAAGUAUUUUAUAGUUUAACAUGAAACAAAACUGUAUCUAUUGGGGAAAAAACAGUAAUUUUAUGAAUCAGUAUUGUUUAUAUUUCUACUCUUAAAAGUAAUCGUUAAUCCCUGAACACUUUCCCUCAUCGUAAGUAAUUCAAAAUAUUAAUUGACCUUAGACCAACCUCAAUGUAUAAAAAAGUGAACACUGAAGCUCUGGUAUCUAAAAAGAGUGAACUCUAGCUCACUAUAAUUUUCUUGUACAUUCUGUUGACACAAAAGCUUAUAAUUAAUUAAUAAUUAUAAAAUGGGAACAAGGCCUCGAUCAAUGAAAUUGUUCUUUUCUACUUUAUCUUCACAUUUGCCUUGACAUUCUUUAGAUUUAUAAUUUAUAAGCACCAAGUAUCAGUCUUAUGCCCCUGCCUGUUUUUCUAGUGCUGUAAGCAAUGUGAUGCUGUAAUCUUUCUCUGUUUGAAAAUAAAAUCCAUCUCACUUCAGGUUCAAUUUG